UGUUACUUUUUUCAGAAAAAAAAUGCACCGGAUAGUGAGACUGGCAAAAAUAAGCUGUUGUAGAUCUAAGUCGAAUAUUAUGCCCCUGGAAAAUUUUAAGUUUGCCGAAAACGUUGCGCAUUUCCUGAUCCUUAACAGAAAUGAUGGUGGAAAAAGAUAUGUUAUUCUUCCUAUGAUACAGCCUUCAAGAUUAAAAACAAGUUUCAAAAAUGUUAACUGGCGUCCGGAAUUGGUUAAAGAAAAUCAGUUAGGUGUAAUAUCCAAGGAGAAACGAGCUUUUUACGAUUCCUUACCGAUACUGAAUUCAGAACAUAUAAGUGGUCCUAAAUACUAUUUCGAAGACGGAUUGAGAAAAGUUAACCCAUAUCUAGCUACCUACAGAUCUGUUGUAAAAUCUAGAUCCUUUCCUGGAGCUAACAUGCCUCUUAGUAAAUAUCUUACUACUCGUUUUACGAAUAAUUCUCCCAUACUGUUAGAGCUGGAGGUGAAAACUGGACAAAUAGCGGUCAACCUGGAGCUAGUUAGUAGGGAUUAUAUUGUCAGGGAAGGAGAUGUUAUCACCAGAACGGGACAUUUGCACGAGACGCCCAUUCUAGACAGGAGAUUGAGAAUAGUUCAUGAAGAUUCAAACUAUCUUGUUGUUGACAAGCCCUCGUCCUGGCCUGUACAUUCAUGUGGUACAUUCAGGCAAAUUUAUUGAUUUCUACAUGUUCAGGUUUUCAACAAAACAUUAUCAAUUAAUGCAUGUUUUUAUGAAUUGUUGUAUUCCGGACUGAACCAGAAAAGGGUGAACAGUCCCUUAGAUACAAUGUG